UUUUAAUAUUAUUAUUAACUAAAACCACGCUCGUUGUUUUUCUUGUACUGGUACUUCCAUCACCUCGCAAUGGCCGGUUUGUUGCGCAAGUUUAGGAAGCACGCUGAUGUAGAACAUCCGGCACCGUCAAAACCCGUUCCAGUCGAUUCUCCUCCUCCUUCACUACCACCUCUCUUUGCUAGAUUCGCGACCUCCUCUUCUCUAUUGGAUUCUUGUACAAUGCCCCCACAGGAUGAAUGGGAUCCUUGGAAAGUACUGGCAGAACCUCCACCAGAACUUUCACCGGUACCUUCACCAGAGCCUCCCCGCCAACCUUUGCCCGUAAAGAUACCAGAACCUCCAAAGCUGCCCCCGUUAUUACCUGUCGGUCGCCGCAAGUAUACAGGUCCCGGUUUAUUACCUCAAGUAAAACUCGCCGACCCCGACGCACACCCAAUCCGUGCUGUUUCCACACGACAAGAUCACCUCUCCCCUAUGACACCCAGACACCCCUCAAAAUUCGCAACCCACCCCUCGCAACAAGCAAAUCAGGUCCUUUCAUAUCCCCCGCCGGCUUCUCAGACUCACUUCACUCAAACUCAAAUCUCUCCUCCUCCUUCGAAACCUGGCUCCAGCUCAAGCAGUAGCAGUAAUCAUACGGAUGCAACUCGCUUCACCCACUCCUCUUCAAGCGCGUUUACGUCCACCAGCUCAAUCGCUCCGGCUAUCAAGCACCUUGACGUCACGCGCCCUCAAGGUCGAUCACAAUCUACUUCGGUUCAACCACAAAGAUUGGCGGCAAACCUUAUUAAGCCGGUUAGCCCCCCUUCUAGAUCUUUGACACCUCCCCUGCCGACGCGAACGUACCCGCUGCUAUUACUACCGUCCGAACUACUAGUAAGAUUUUGACUCAGACUCGUCCGUUGUCUGUUGUCCCUCCGUCUGCACGUUCCCCCGUGCUGCCAGACAAAAAUUUGCAACGAAACUUAAUGCCAACUACGACUACGACUGUUAUGACACAGACCGCUACUCGAUCAUCUAAUACUACUCGCUCCAAAGCGACAGCAGUCCCCGCCGUCUUCUACCACCGCUCGGUCGUCAGUAGUGUCAUCUUC